ACAAUCUCUCUCUCUCUCUCUCCUCUUAACACUUUCGUAUUAGCUGCACUCUCUCUCUCUCUCUCUCUCUCUCUCUCUCUCUCUCUGUGGCUUUGCAAUGGAAGAACAGAAAGCAGAUCAGAGCCGAAGAGACAUGGAUAAUUCACAGGGUGCCCAAAAUGCAAAAGCGACGACGCCAAUGCUCGGGACCUUCAGAAGUUCUCAUCAUCGGCGAGCACACUCGGAGAUGAAUUUCAGGCUGCCCGAUGACCUAGAUCUCGCCGGAGAUCCAUUCGACGCGCCGACUGGGAGCUACGAAGAGAUCGGAUCAGAGGACGAUAUCUUCUCUACUUACAUGGACAUCGAGAAGCUCGGAUCCAAGAUUGAGGAUUGUAGUACUGGAGGAGCGACGAAGCUCGGAGAUUGUCGGAUCGACAAUGCCGCCUGUGUGGGUCAGAAUGGCGGUACCGGAGUUGGUGGGGUUGCGGUGGAAUGCGGUGGUGGGGAUAAGAACGUGAGGCCGCGGCACCGGCACAGCAAUUCGGUUGAUGGGUCUUUGAUUUCGAGGGGCGGUGAGUCUUUGUUUGCUGAUACAAUUGAGGCCAAGAAGGCAAUGGCUCCUGAUAAGCUUGCUGAGCUCUGGGCUAUUGAUCCCAAGCGGGCUAAAAGGAUUCUUGCAAAUCGGCAGUCUGCUGCUAGAUCAAAAGAGAGGAAGGCUCGCUAUAUAUCAGAACUUGAGCGAAAGGUUCAGACAUUACAAACUGAAGCAACAACCCUUUCUGCACAAUUAACGCUAUUUCAGAGAGAUACAACAGGUCUGACUACCGAGAACACAGAGCUUAAGCUUCGGUUACAAGCUAUGGAGCAGCAAGCUCAGCUCCGUGAUGCCCUAAAUGAGGCACUGAAGCAGGAAGUUGAAAGACUCAGAAUUGCUACUGGGGAAGUAUCAAGCCCUGGAGAUGCACUUAACUUGGUGAUGCACCAUGUGCAAUAUUCUCCAUCACCUUUCUUCUGCCUUCCACAACAACCAGGUUCUGGAGGCCACCAGAGCUUUCAGAUGCCGCAAUUUCAACCUUCUCAGUCUAACAUGGGAAGCCACCCACUGCUUGCAUCUCAAUCUCAUGCUUUCUCAGAGAUGUUGCAGCAGGAUCCCCUUGGCAGAUUACAGGGGCUUGACAUAAAUAGUAGGGGCUCACAUCUCGUGAAGUCUGAAGGCCCUUCAAUCUCUGCCAGCGAAAGUAGCACCACCUUUUAACUUGAAUUUGGCAUCCAUCCGCUGACCUUACCAAUUGCCCUACCCCAUAUGUUAGACUGUCCAUAACCUGACAUCAUUCUGCUGUCCCGUCCAUGUAGCUUUGUUACUCCUCGUUAUUUCCCAAAAUAUUUUUAUUAAUUUUUUAUUCCAUUUGUAUCUUUCUUGUGGCUCUAUUUUUCUUCUUAGCGUAACUGCUUUGACUUCAUCUUUCUGUUUCUUUCUUUGGUCAAGUUCUUUUCAAACACCAUCACUGAGUUACUUUUAUGUUUAAUCAAUACAGAAUUCAUUUUAUUGGUGUGUCUGAGAAAGAGAAGAAACAUUGUUGAUUGUUUUCUCCACUAGGGGUCUGUUUUCUUUUCUUUUCUUUUUUUUGCUGGGGGGGAGGGGGUGUGAAGGUUGAAUCUACCCAUGUCGAGCCCUAUUUGUAUCAUCUCUAUUGGUACUUCUAUAGCUUUAUAUUUGUAGUUAUGUUCUUGACAUUAACUUGAUUUAUUUGGUUGAUUUGAAUCUAAAUCAUCCUUUCUCGGAAGUUAAUGUUACUGAAACGGUUGUAGUUUUGAUUAAUUGUUUACAGUAUUGGACCAUA